UUCUAGUCAAAAUAUCAACAUAUCUAUAACUAAAUACAGACAACCAAGCAAGCGAAGUCUGUUAGCAGGGGACAAAUCUCUGUGGCGGGUACUUGUAUUGUCAUAUUUGCGACUUUGUCCUUUGUAUGACGUAAUUGAUUGUUUGGCUCUCUAACAAUGGGCGAUAGUUUUGAUAAAUGAUUACGGCUAAAACAUUCAACAAGGAUAAACAAUGGAUUUCAAGUUUAUUUGGAAGUGUAUAAUUGUCAAUAUUGUCUUCUCCUUGACAUGGUGCACACACUUUAAAGGCUUGAAGACAAACCGCGGUUGUGUACGUAUCCUGUCUUCUGGUGCUCAUGACUACGGCAUUCAAACCAAUGGAAAACAAGCGUUCAUUGGCAGAUUACCCGAGAACUUCCGGCUCAAACUCGGGGGAUUUCUGGGGAAAAAUAGAACCUUCGGCAUUGAGUCAGUCAGGCUUGGUGGAUUCUAUCUUCGACAGAGGAAUUACAAGUUCUUCCUUGAAAAACCAUCAAAAAAGACAUCAUUCGCAAAAGAUGCCACCUUUCACGUUGUAAAGCUACAAGAAAAGCCGGUCCUUUACGGACUUGAAUUAUAUCAACGACCAUCUUGGUUCAUGCAACAUAACAAAAGGCUCCAAUUAACACUAGGUCACGUUAGAAAAUCUACCAAUCACAAUAGAGACACUGCCUUUAUUAUCAAAAGGAUCGCAUGUAAACACAAAGGUCUUUCAAACGUUCAAAAAAAAACUGUUGUAAUUGAUGACGAAUCAGAUGAUGUGACUGAUGACAUGUUCGAUGAUCACUCAUCAGAUGCCUCAUCGACCAAUCACGAGGCAGAAAAGCCCGCAAAGCCCGAUGGUUUGUCUAUUGACACGCUUUCCACAAUUCAUAAAGACAGGACGGUAACGUUGCCUGCUUCACCGAAUAAUAAUUCUUCUUUAAAGGCUGAAAACAAACUGGAAAAAGUUGGUAAACCCACAAAGAACGUGGCUGAGGAGGACAAUGGUAACACUAUUAUUGAAGUAAUACAAGACCCAGAUGUAAAGACGAGUCCAACAGAAAAAGAGAAAGAUAUAAUAAAAGAGAUUAAGAACGCCUUUAAACUUCAACGAUCCAAUAAAAACCAAAGUAGCUUGCAAAUCCUGCAAAACGUUAUCGACGGUAAAGUAAGCAAGCUAGCACAGGAUCUACAAAAACAGAAAGAACAAUUGAAGAGCUCGAGUCUGAAAAAAGAUAAUGCAAAAGAACUGCAAAAUGAUGCUAACUUAAAAGAAUCAAACCAGAAAGAGAGCUUCCAUGGCCUCGUUACAAAGCUGAACCAAGACGAAGGUCACGCUGAUCCAAAACACAAUCAAACGAUGAUAGAAAAAGAUGCUAAAACAACCGAGUCAUAUCCCUCGAAAGUCAUUAUUUCUGGUAAGCCUGAGUUAUAUGACCAGCACACUAUAAGUGCACAUCAAGAUGAACAAGCAAUUUCCCGGCCGAUUAUCACUGGGAAGCCUGAGUCCUUUACUCCAGACGAAGUUAGCAAUGAUAAAGUUAGCGGGACUCCACAAACAAAUUCAGAAGAAAAAACAAAUCUUUAUCCUGCUCAUCCAAAAGAAACGAAAGAAGACAGUUCAACUUCAAACUCAAACAGUUCGCAUGUUAAGGCACAAGUGCUACCAAAUAUAGGUGCAAACGAACUGAAAACCAAUGUCAUUAAAGGAAACCUUCAGAAAGAAACCAUUAAAGUGUCUUCACAUUUUGACAAGCCUGUUGAUGGACAUAACGUCCCGUCGCAGGGAAAUAAUUCCACUGGACAAAAUACUACAAAAGAUUCCGCUACAAAAUAUCCAGAGAAAACAUCAAAUGAAAAAGCACAGGCAAAGACGAAAGACCAAGAAAAAGAAAUCGGAAAAUUAUCCGAGGAAAAGAAACAGAAACCCGAACACAACCAGGAAGAGUCAGCAAAAAAUGACACAACACAAUCUGAUAAAACAGAGAAAGAUAAUGGAGACAUUGUGAACGGCGAACCAAAACUAGUCAACGAUAAAUAUGAAGCAAUAGCUCGAGGGAUCAUAGCUCGCUUUCCAAAAAGCAUCAACGAUACUAUCGGUAAAGGUCAGAUGACUAGACUGGUAAACAUUUUGAAGAAGAAAAUAAGAGAUCGACUCAACAAUAAACGAUUAAAAUUGGCCAAUUCAAGCGAUCUUCCAAGUACGUCACAUUCUUUCAUCCCACUAAAAAGCGAUAUCCAGAAAAACUACUCGUCCUCGUCUCUAUUGGCUAGCAUCCUACAAAAUGAGAAUGGCUCGCUGUUUCAACCUACGAUAUUUUUUUCAGAACAAUGUGAUGAUGCAUUUCCAAAAGCAUGCGCAGAAUGGAACACAAAAAAAUUGUGUUUGACGUUUGGUGAGCUCAUGAAAAGAUAUUGCAAAAAGACGUGUAAUUUAUGCGAUCACGUGGCUACAACAGGCUUUACUGAAUGCGAUAAAACAUGUGGUGGUGGCGUUCGUCUGCGCAUGAUCAAAGUACAUAACAAACAAAUUUUGCAACAAAGAGCUUGCAACACGUUUAAAUGUCCAGUUGAUGGUGGUUAUACUCCAUAUUCCAAUUUCACCGCGUGCAGUGCGACAUGUGGAAAUGGGUUGCAAUACCAGCAACGGACUUGUACCUUGCCACCACCACAGUUUGGUGGGAAAGACUGCUCAAGACUGGGAAGUCCAAUCAGAACUCGGAAUUGUUUUGUAGAUUGCAAAGACAAACCAUUCGUUCAUCUUUAUGAAGAUGAAAAACACGUUAAAGGCUAUCAUCGACAUCAUAACAAUCACAGAAAACAUCACAGACUUGCUGUCAGCCAGUCUAAUUCAUCUGAAGACCAUGCUAAGGACGAAAGACUAAAACUACAAAAGCAAGGUUAUUAUGAAUAUGGUUAUGGAGAUAUCCCGAAGACCAAUGCAGAUCACGUGGACAUGAGCUAUGAAAGCCCGAUAGAUCGUCUAGCGGACAUGGCAGCUUCUUCUGUGGGAAAGGCACUUGAUGAGGAUUCUCUAGAUUUAGUCAGAAGUUCAAUUAUACAAGGAAAUGGUUCAGAGUCGCCAAAAAGGACUUUAACUGAGGAACUGAAUGCAGAAAAAGAAGAAGCCAUGAACGAACAAGAGUACGAAGAAAACAUUGCUCGUCGAUCUUCAAAAAAUGACAGACCAUGGACGACUGACUGAUUGAACUUCGUCCACAGUCUACUGGUGCACUGAGCGAGUCGGAAUGAGGACAAGUUUCUAGUUUCCUCGCCUACUAUGUUGUAUAUAAGACACAAAGACACUUCCAAAUUGUGCAAUUUUUUCUAUUAAUGUAAAAAUCCAUGAUUACUACCAAGAGAACGAUCAUUACUAUGAUGUGUUAGAUGUACAGUUCAUUCAAUACAUAGUAAUAAAUAAGCUCACUUAACAUUAUGUACAACUAACCUUCUUUUACUCUAUAUUAGAAUAGAAAAGUAUUGAUAACAAAGUAUUGGUGUCGAGACAAACUACACAGUGAGAAUACUCCAAUCUCAAGCAGCCUCAAAAACCGUGCAAUUUAUAUUCUAUUAUAAUGUUAAGAUAACAAUAUAAACUUGUGCGCAAUUCAGGCUAGGACUACGUAAAAGAGAUUUUGAUACUGGAGUAUUGAACUAUCACAAUAAUAAAAUCUAGAAGUCAUGACCAAAAACUCACUAGAGUGACGUCAUUAGUGCAUGAACCGAAUGCCAUUUACAAGCCAUAUCUUAGUAUGACCUCAGACAAUAUUUAGUGUGUGUAAAAUAAUAUCGUAAUAAUAAUCUGUGAAAAAUAAUCCGGAAAACAUAUACUGAUAACUUUAAAAUAUCGUUUUAACAGGCAACAGGAACUAAAACCUGCGUGCAGCCAAACAGUUUUGUUCGUCUGUGAAUCAGCGACGAAGAUCGUGUUCUCUGUACUUGGGUAAACGCAGGUCAGCGCAUAUGUCAACGUUUUUCUCGGCGGCACUGUCGGCUUUUCUUGGUGUGAUAGACUGUGUUUUAUGGAGCGAUACUGCAUUAACUCUGUUAAUGAUUUAUUGUCAAACAUUUCAGUCGUAGAUUUCAGUCGACGGUAAAGCGAGUUUUAAAGUAAGAGACAAGCUCAAGAGUUUCCUUUUGAACCUUUGACAGAGGCCGUUAAAGCAAGCUUGCCUACACCGCUAUUGCUGUUUUCCUUUUUUCAAGUCAGACUGGUUCGAGGUUACUGUAGCCAAUAAGCGCGCUCGUUAGAAUUCAAAAAUAAGCAGCCAAUGAGAGCAAAGUACAUAUAUCCCAGUACAAGGAACAAUAUCUUCGUGGUUGAUUCGCAGACGAACAAUACAACAGAAUAACAUAGCAUUACGUAUUGCAUUGUGGUCUAGAUUCAGUGUCAAACAUGAUCAUUUUUUGUUCAUGGUGCCAAAUAUGGUUGUAGACCACAAUGCACCAUUAUUUUAUUUUGUUGAUACAUGGUAAUAUAUCUGCAUAUUCUUAUGUUA